AAUUCUUUCAUCAGUAAAAACAUUAGUAGAAAUUCAAAUGUUUUCCUGAGGCACCAUUGUUGUUUUCUUCUCAAAGGAACGUGAAACAGUAAGAAGCUUGACUGUGCCCAGUCCACUUCUUUGGAGAUCUGUGUAUUUUUCUAGGCAUGGAGCACAUUUAAGACACUCCCUUGUCUCCUCCUCGAAUUGCAGAGGAAGUUUACAGCAUUGUGAGCAAAAGUGGAUUUCAUAGGGGAGCCGGGAAUGUUACAUAAGGGCACUUUAGUGUGGACUUGUUUAAGGCGAGCUGCAGUGAUUGCAGACAGAUAAGAACCGGGUGCAGGCACACAGAUGGUCGGGUUAUAAAGAGAAACGGCGAAGGAGGAACACGGGAGGGACCUUCAGAGAAAUCUCUGUGUCUGGAUUCUUGCUGAGGAUUUAAACCCUAAAACCAACAGAACAGGAUUGUGACAACUGACAACUGACCAGGACGACGUUUACAAACAGUUGGAUUCCAGUGAGUUUGCGAGUGUUCUCCAACGGAGCGGAACCCACGCAGCAGAGUUGUUGGAUUCAGGCACCCGGUGUGUGAUUUCGCCUAGUAAAGCUCUGACAGCACCAGCCAUGUCAAAGGAAGAAGAGAUGACCUACAGCGAGGCCAUAAUGAAGGCCAGCAACUCCAUCGCUCGCUUCCCCGUCAUCAAAGUAAAAGGAGUUCCUCUCAUGUCUCACAUCGCCUACAACUGGGACUCCAUCUGGGCUUUCCGUCCCGACCCUUCGGACCUGCUCAUCGCCACCUACCCCAAAGCAGGGACCACAUGGACCCAGGAGAUAAUUGACCUGCUGCUUCACAACGGAGACGCCGAGGCCUGCAAACGAGCCCCCACGCCCGUCCGCAGCCCCUUCCUAGAGAUCUACUCCCCACCCCCCAUCCCAUCAGGUCUAGAGCUACUGAGCAAAAUGGACCCGCCAAGGCUGAUCAAGACCCACCUUCCUUUUCAGCUAGUCCCACCUGCAUUCUGGGAGAACAAGUGCAAGACCAUCUAUGUGGCACGCAACGCUAAGGACAACCUGGUGAGCUACUACUACUUUGACUGUAUGAACCAGACCCAGCCUGAGCCAGGACCCUGGGAGGGUUACAUUCACAAGUUCAUGAGAGGGGAGUUGUCAUGGGGUUCCUGGUAUGAGCACGUUAAAGGUUACUGGCUGGAGAGAGAGAAGAGGAAUAUCCUCUACCUCUUCUAUGAGGACAUGAAAGAGAAUCCUCGGCGCGAAGUGGAACGCAUCAUGAAGUACUUGGACCUGUCCGUCUCUGAAGACGUCAUCAACCACAUCGUGGAGCUCACGUCGUUCAAGAUCAUGAAGGAAAACCCGAUGACCAACUACUCCUGUGUCCCAUCACCUGUUUUCAAUCAUUCCAUCUCUCCAUUCAUGAGAAAAGGUGAAGUGGGGGAUUGGAAAAACCAUUUCACACCAGAGCAAUCAAAGAUGUUUGACGACGAUUAUGCAACGCAAAUGAAGGACGUCAACAUCCCGUUCAGGACCCUCAUCUAAAGAAAUUUAAGUUUUUCCACAGUGAAAAACGGACUAACAUGGGGCAACUUCCUAAUUUUAUAAACAUGAGCUUUUUGUAAUCACCACAUGUCAUAAUGUGUCCUAGAGGAAAUUCUAUGAAUGUGUCAGGAUCAAUAAACACGUAUCCCACAAUACAAGUA